AACACUGGGCCGUUGGUGGAGGAGGACGAGCAGCUGAGUAUUUGAGGAAAAAUCAGGACAAAUAGUGGCCACGGAGACACAACAGACCUACAGGAGUGCUUAAGAGAAUCAAGGAAAGAUGGAGGAUGAGGUAGGAGGUGAGGCGGUGGAGGACAAACAACACCGACUACACCUGGCAGCCCCUCGACCAGAUAACUCCACCAAUGACUCUGGCUACAGCUCCGACGUCUUCACCUCGCCAGAGUUCAGCCGAGGGCCCCUACAGCUGUCCCGGGGCGAUGCAAUAAAAGAGGAUGUGUAUUGCCUCACUCCGGACAUUACUAAACGGACAAUUACCAGAUUAACAAGUACCCCUCAGAGCUACAUUACUCAUGAUGGCGGUGAAGUAUUCAGUCCCCCGUUACCCAAGAUUGAGGCACUCACUGAUAACACGUCUCGGUCCCGGCAGAUCUCCCUCGGGGACUCGGCCCUGUACAUCACCACGCCUCUCGAGAGUUGUGAGCUGGAGAUGACCUGUGAGGGGGAAUGUGGUGAGGAGGUGGGCAAUGUCUUUCCCAAAAGUGAACUGAUGGUCACGGGACGAACAAAAUCUACGGUUAAUGAACAAUUAAAGUCUACAGUCAAAUCUCCAGUUACUGAGCAAAUAAAGUCUACAGUCAAAUCUCCAGUUACUGAACAAAUAAAGUCUACAGUCAAAUCUCCGGUUACUGAGCAAAUAAAGUCUGCAAUCAAAUCUCUAGUUACUGAACAAAUAAAGUCUACAGUCAAAUGUACAGUUUAUGAACAAAUAAAGUCUACAGUCAAAUCUCCAGUUACUGAACAAAUAAAGUCUACAGUCAAAUCUCCAGUUACUGAGCAAAUAAAGUCUACAGUCAAAUCUCCAGUUACUGAACAAAUAAAGUCUACAGUCAAAUCUCCAGUUUAUGAACAAAUAAAGUCUGCAAUCAAAUCUCUAGUUACUGAACAAAUAAAGUCUACAGUCAAAUGUACAGUUUAUGAACAAAUAAAGUCUACAGAAAAUGAACCUACAGUCAAACAAAGAACAUCUACAGUUAUCAAACAAACAAAAUCAACCGGCACCUUACCAAAACGGUAUACUCAUAGCGAUGAUACAACUCAGCCCAAGUCACCACUAAUGAGAUGCAUCGUAAAGCGUAGAAAACCCCAACACGUGUUCAUACGACUGCUGAAGGACGCAGAAUACCUGGUGUUCAACAUCCUGGAGUACUUGUCCGGCCAAGAACUCGUCCACGUCAGUCAUGUGAGCCAGCAGCUGCGGCAGAUCGUUCUUCAGGAUAAAACCCUUAACUCCAGAAGAAUGACUUUUAUUAAUGCACGGCUCAAGGAAAAGAGAGAAGUGGGAAAGGAGAAUUUUAAACUGAAGAGACUGCAUGAAGGAGGUGCAUCUUCUUCGCUUGGCACGUUAUCACCACGUAAGGAGCUGUGCGCCAUCGAGAACAUCAACACAGCCAGUUCUAAGAAGGACCCUCACCCAGCUAGCCCCAAGAAGGUGCCUCCUACUGUUGGUGUCAAGAGUCUUACUUUGUCUGAUAAAUUUAUGGAGGAAGGCCGGAAGCUUCCUCAGGGAGAGCAACUGCAGAAGUGUGUGAAAUGUAAGGCUCCUGCUAAGGUACAAAAGCCUCAGCAUAGGGCAGUAUGCUCUAGUAAGACUUGUGGCUAUGAUUAUUGUACCCGCUGUGCCCUUCCCUCCCACCGUAAGCUUCAAGACUGUACCGUACUUAAACCCCGCACGAGACAGGGGGCCGGAAUAUUCUCAAAUAAGUGUAAGAGAAGUUUACGAAGGUUAUGACCUGUGGUUGUGAGUGUGUUUAUAUUAGUUCAGUAUUGCUGGGUGUACAAUAGUUCUUUCAGUAGGAAUUUUAUGCACUUGGAAUGAAUGAAUGUAGAAACAAACUUUUUACUCUCAGAUCAAAUGUAUGGAAAUGUGUGGUAUGAAUAUUUCUUGUCCUUUAUUCUUCAUUCAUUAUUUGUUGUAUUUGUACAUUUAAAUUAUAUACAGUGUGUGUGUGUGUGUGUUUGUGUUACAAUUUCUUAUGUAUGGAAAAAAAAGUGCCAUUGAACAAAGAUUUCUAUAUCUAUUGGCUAUAAGUCUUUUGUGGGUAUAGAUAUAUCGUAAAUAUUUGAACUAUUACUAUGGUGCAACCAAACAUUGGUACCUACCUGUUCUGUGCAGACAAGGCACGGUACUUUAAAGUAUUUAGAUAAAACAAAAAUCUUGAUUGUAAUUUUCUGCUGUGUAUUAGCUCAUUGACACAUACUGUUUACACGAACAGGGUGACACAUAAGUCGCUUUACCAAGAACAAGUACGGUGUUUUGUUAAAGCGACUCGUGUGCCACCCUGUAUGCUAUAAUAUAUAGGCUCUUGAUUCCAGCCAUCUCAUACUAUAGUUGAAAAAAAAUUUGAAAGUUGGGGUGGGAACAAAACCAAAAACAUGUAGUGAAUAGAGAUGUACAUAAUAUAAGAAACCAGUCAGAUAUAGUAUAGUCAGUAAUUUUUAUAUUAAGAAUGAUGUAUAGAUGAGGUACUAUGCUGUACUGUACCCACCACUCAAGAUCAAGAUCGUACUUAGGAACUACUAUGGGUGUUGUUGUUCUCUUGCCUGAGCUCCAGAAUGGCCGUGCUGUACUCGGAGACAACAGUAAUUUAACCACUUUAUCUGGUUGACCUCUUGGCUCAUUUAGUGUAUUAAAUGCAUGACAAUAUUUUAAGGUGGUCGAUUGAGUGACUCUUUUUAUUUGCAUGUAUGAAGUUACUGAGGAUUUCAAACCUUUUCUCUUCAUGUUUCUUUAUGAAUCUCUUAAUUAUACUCUACUAUUUCUUCUUUUCUCUCUUAAUUAUACUCUGCCAUUUCUUCUUUUCUCUCUUAAUUAUACUCUGUCAUUUCUUCUUUUCCCUCUAUUUAUCACCUUAACCCCUGAUCUGUUUUCUGUCACCUAUUAUUUCAACAUCUUACUUCUAUGUUUUUUAUGCCUCUUUAUUCAGAGCCUUUACGUACAUCUCCACAGUCUACCUUACAUGGCUCUCCAUAAUAUAUAUCAGUCCAGUUAUUACAUUCUUGCUUUCUUCUGUUCUGCUUCAUCUCUUAUUUAUCUACUUAACAUUUAAAUGGCUUCCACGGUCAGUUGAAGUUAGCUGUAGGGACGGUGGUCAUCAUCAGUGGAAGUUAGCUGUAGGG